UCCAGGGCCCCCCGAGUUGUACUAUCUUCAAAACAAGACGCAGCAAAUAUGGAUGUGUCAGAGUUGAAAUCGACAAAGUUGAAAUAACUUGUAAUGUAUAAAAUGCGAUACAGAAAGUGAUUCUAUUGCAGAGGACGCAAGGGAGGCAGAUUAUAGUCCUGGUAAGGGUCAAAAGUUGGACUGCUGACUAGCAUGACAGAAGGCAGCUCUUUUGCCCUAAACCGCAUGACAGACUCGCUUCCAGGACCGGGAAAAUUUGUCAUGCGCCGACUACAAACUGCAGGUCUAACUGGCAUCCAUUUUAUGCAUGACAAAUUAUUUCAACUUUGUCGAUUUCAAACCUGACACUCCCAUAGCAAAUGCGGUUCAAAAAAUGGCAGAACUCGCCAAGCAGAAAUAUUGUGAGGAAAAAUCCCCCCUCCCCAUACUGAAAAGGCAUGCCCCUAAAAAUUUGUGAUGCUGAUUUGUGACCACACUCUCUUGCAAGGGGGCAAAUCAAAAGAAUCCGCCGUGUUAUACAGGCAUUUCGUAAUGCUGUUACGACUACAUGACAGGCCUCUGCUAUGCUAAGCACCUACGCCAAAACACCCCUGCACAGGCUUAGGCUUUGCCUGUAGUGCCUCACUGCAAGACAGAUGCGAUUUGUGUACACAAAUCCCGCGUCACAGAUUUCCGUUUUGAUAUGGGGAGGGGGGAUUUUUCCUUUUGAUAAGAAAGCCGAGUGCUUUCGAACGGCGGGGGCGAUCCAAAUUGACUGCCACAGUCUGACACAAGGCACAAGCUGGGAUCAAACGCUAAAUGAGAUGAUGCAUCCUACUGCUCCUGCGCAAGCUGAGAUCGGCUUUCUGGAGACGCCAAAAGGGAAGAAAAGCGCAGACGGACAACCUCGAUACAGCCUAGAUCAGAAAAAACGAAUUAUGGAGAAACUGAUGGGAACAAUCGGGCACAAUUUAUUUCCUCAGGAAGAUGACAGUAGCGUCGCUGUAUUUCUGACGCCGCUGAUCCAGCACCACAUCCUACCAAACUUGCCUCGACCGAUCACAGCAGGUACCGAUUUGAGUAUGGACACCCUUCUUUGGCCCGUGUUUGGUCGACGAAACAUUCCUGGUGCAGUUCUACCUGAUGGAUCGCCAACGCUUCCGAUGCGCUGGUCAGUCCGAGCCUUCGACGCUGGUAGCCGGUGCUUGCGGGAGCGUUACCAAUUUUGGAACAAAGGGUGCAAUGAUGUUUUGUAUGGCCACCGAAAGGAUAGCGGAGAGGGAGACUACGAACGGC